CUGCAGCCGAGUCACCGCUCAGUGCGUCUUCUGCUGUGGGUCUGUCCGUAGAUAUUUCGCGUCCUCGACGUAACGAUAAUAACACAAUUGUACAACUACUGUUGGACUCGUGCCGUGGUAUAAGACACACAAGCGACGACGCAGUUGUAGUAGUCUGUGCACCCUGCAAACGUGCCCGACCGCACAAUAUUUCAACAAUAUAGUUGCCGCACGCGAACUAGACAGACUUCUGACGAAAAUGUCCGCUAACACUGCAAUGGUCAAAUUCAUCGCGGUCGCCGUCGUUCUGUUUCACAUAUCCGUCAUUUCCGCGGAUGCGGGUCACCACAGACGGGGCAAAGAACUGUUGGAUACUGACGACAGCGACUUCUUCCGGUGCAAACAAGCCAGCAGAAAGUCAUGUUGUGGCCCGGAUAACGCAAUGAAACGUUUCGGUGAUAAAGACAAAGUAGCAGCUGAUGAGUGUUACGUACAAGUAGCUGAAAAGUUUGCAGCAACUGCAGCUACUACGCCAAAACAAGACUUGUUUUCCAGUGAAGCUGUAAAGGUUAUCAAGAAAAAGCAAUUCUGCCUUCAUGAAUGUAUUGGAAAGAAAAACAAAUUGCUCACCGAAGACGGUUCACUAAACAAAACUUUUAUAGCUGAUUACGCAAUGAAGAGCAUCUUCAAAGAAGAGUGGCAGAAACAAAUAGGGCAAAAGGCCUUGGACAAAUGCCUCGAGGAGACCUACAUUCCGUGGCCAGCAGAAGAAACAGAAAACAAAUGUAACCCAGUAUACGUACAAUUCCAACACUGUAUGUGGUUUGAGUACGAAUCGAACUGUCCCAGUAACAAAAUUAAGCUCACCAAAAAAUGCGAGAAGACACGAAACCGGUACAGGAUGCAAAAAUCGCCAUCAAACUAAUAUUCCGAAAAUUAAUGAUACCACUACUCUGAUUG